AUGUCGUCUCGUGUGUAUAAAGAGAAACUUGCCAUUGUGACAGGGUCCUCUCGGGGCAUCGGUGCUGCAAUUGCCCAGAACCUUGCCAGCAAAGGGUGCAAUGUCGUUAUCAACUACACAAGUGAAGCAUCUGAUGCGGCCGCUCAAAAGCUUGCGUCCGAGCUCGAAAGGAUGUAUGGGGUCGUCGCCCUUCCAUUUCGAGCCGAUAUCACUUCAAGGGAAGAAUGCGAGGGACUCGUCUCCGCCGUGAGAGAAAGAUUCACCAAUGCCAAUUCGGGGCUCUUCCAAAUUGACGUCCUGGUUCACAACGCGGCGAUCGCAUAUCUUGGCCCCGUGGAGACCGUGAAGGAAGCGGAGUUUCGACGAAUCUACGAGGUGAACGUCCUGGGACCCGUAUUACUCACGGGAAUCUGCAAACCGUACCUGCCCACAGAUCGCUCUGGCCGUAUCGUGAUGCUAUCUAGCAUUAACUCGAAAGUUGGCACUGAAAACACGACCCUUUAUUCCGGUACGAAAGGUGCCGUGGAGGCCAUGACCCGCGUUUGGGCGCGGGAGCUGGCCGAACAAGCCACUGUGAAUGCGAUCAACCCCGGUGCCGUGAGCACUGGACAGUAUCUCGCUGCCUCCGAUGAAAUCAAAGAGAUACUCGGCCGGUGGAACCCUUUGACCCCUCUGGCAUCUGUGCGCGACGACCUGGACACCCCGGAGAUUCAAGAUACCGGAAAACGGUUCGGCGGACGAGCAGCUUAUCCAGAGGAGAUUGCCGGGCUGGUGGCAAGUAUCUGUCACCCGGAAUUUGGAUGGUGUACGGGAAGCAUCAUCUCUGCCAAUGGUGGAUUGUCGUUCAGUAUUUAG